AUGAGGAAAUCCUGGGACUGGAUUAAGGCCUCUAGCCCCACCCUGCAACCACCACCUUGUGGCAGCAGGAAACUAGGAGGUGGGAGCUCGACCUUGGAGGCUCGGGUGACAGCAGCCCUCAGCAGUGGUGGCGACCCGCUCUUGGAGAGUACCCGAGCCAGGGCUGACUGUGAGCAAAGCUAUCUUGGUCCCUUGGGUGGAUGCACUGUUCCUGUGGGUUGAUCCUGGCUGGCCAUGGGUUCUGUGCUCUCCGCCUUCGUGAGAGAGCUCCCUGGCUGGUUUCUGCUCUGUGGGAUCUUCCUGCCUGUGGCAUUGUUGCUGUUCCUCCUAAUCGCCUACUUCAGGAUUGGACUGAUGGAGGUUAAUGAAGAACUGUCCCAGGCUCCUGAUGGCUCCCGUCAACACAGACACAAGGAUGGCUCUUCAGCGUCCUGGAGAACAAAACGGCGAAACUAUAGGGGACAGCCCAAGGCUAAGGCACAAUGAAUUCCUACUCAUGGCUAGGAAUAGAGAGCAGGUUAGUCACUGAAAACUGCACAG